UAUUUGUUGUUAUUUUUGACGUUGCUGAUGUUAUCAUUGCCUUUGGUCAUUAUCUCUGUUGUGUGUAUUAUUAUUAGCUGGUGCGAGGUGAGCGGUCCUGACAACACUGUUAUCAUGUCCGAAAAUCCUGUGUUGAUAUUUUUGUUCAGUGGCAAACGCAAAUCAGGCAAGGACUACAUCACUGAUUUAUUACAACAGAGACUGGAUGAUGCCCAAUGUCAAACCAUACGAUUAUCUGGCCCUAUCAAGCAACAGUUUGCAAAAACCAACUGCUUGGAUUACUCCCAGCUGUUAACAGCCUCAGAAUAUAAGGAAAAAUACCGUCUUGAAAUGAUCGCUUGGAGUGAAUCAAAACGUGCCGAAGAUAUUGGGUUUUUCAUCAGAGCGGCCAUAGACAUGUAUGAAG